AUGGUAGGGGGGCCACAGCUCCGCCACCUGCGGGGAGCCCAGCUCUGCAGUCGUCCGAGUCGCAGCGAGCCACACUCUGGGGUCCCGCAGCGCCGGAGUCCGAAGCACUCCAUGGGAGGCCGCGGCCCAGGAGGCGGAACCGCGUUUCACCUUGCCAUCCAUCAAAAACUAGAAGCGGAUGGAACAGAAAAAGUAGAGGGAUCCAUGACGCAGAAACUGGAGAAUGUUCUGAACAGAGCAAGUAAUACUGCGGAUGCGUUAUUUCAAGAAGUAUUAGGUCGAAAGGACAAGGCAGAUUCCACAAGAAAUGCACUCAAUGUGCUUCAGCGAUUUAAGUUUCUUUUCAACCUUCCUCUAAAUAUUGAAAGGAAUAUUCAAAAGGGUGAUUAUGAUGUGGUUAUUAAUGAUUAUGAAAAGGCCAAGUCACUCUUUGGGAAAACAGAGGUGCAAGUUUUCAAGAAAUAUUAUGCUGAAGUAGAAACAUGGAUUGAAGCUUUAAGAGAAUUACUUCUGGAUAAAUUGCUUGAGAUGCCAUCAACCUUACACGACCAAAAGCGUUAUAUAAGGUAUCUGUCUGACCUUCAUGCCCCUGGAGACCCUGCGUGGCAGUGCAUUGGAGCCCAGCACCAGUGGAUCCUUCAGCUCAUGUACAGCUGCAAAGAGGGCUACGUGAAAGACCUCAGAGGUGCCCCAGGCCUGCACAGUCCCAUGUUGGAUCUCGAGAACGAUAUGCGUCCCUCACCGUUGGGCCAGCUUAGCCAGACAGCAUCCCUGAAGAGGGGCAGCAGCUUUCAGUCUGGUCGAGAUGACACAUGGAGAUACAAAACUCCCCACAGGGUGGCAUUUGUUGAAAAAUUGACCAAGCUUGUCUUAAGCCAGCUGCCUAACUUCUGGAAACUGUGGAUUUCAUAUGUUAAUGGAAGCCUUUUCAGUGAG